AUGGUCAAAUCUGAUGUUAUCACGUUAAUGCGCGGCGAGUUUGGGCCGUUUGAGCCAUCAAUCACGACCACGGUGCCUUUGUGGCUAGCGCUUGCAUUGAGGAAAGUUCACAGGUGCAAAAUUCUGCCGCCGCGAUGGCUCACAGUGCGAGAACUGGACAGGUACAUCUCGCAUGAACGUGAAAACGAAGCCGAACUACAAGCAAUUCCGUUCUAUUUCUCAAAGAUUGCCUCACUGCUGUUACAUCACGCAUCUGACGACCUCGUCAACCCCGGUAUGUUGCGGCGUUGCGUCGAAGAUCUAUCCAACAUUCGAGAUAGCAAAAUGCGCAAAUAG